AUGUCCUUUCCCAACAGCUCUCCUGCCGCUAAUACUUUUUUAGUAGAUUCUCUCAUCAGUGCGUGCAGGAGUGACAGUUUCUACUCCAACAGCGCCAGCAUGUAUAUGCCACCUAGCACAGACAUUGGGACGUAUGGGAUGCAAACCUGUGGACUCCUUCCGUCUCUGGCUAAAAGAGAAGUUAAUCACCAAAAUAUGGGUAUGAAUGUACAUCCUUAUAUACCUCAAGUAGACACUUGGACAGACCCGAACAGAUCUUGUCGAAUAGAACAACCUGUUACACAGCAGGUCCCCACUUGUUCCUUCACUACAAAUAUUAAAGAAGAAAGCAAUUGCUGCAUGUAUUCCGAUAAGAGAUCCAAACUAAUUUCUGCAGACGUCCCUUCCUACCAGAGGCUGGUGUCUGAAUCAUGCCCCAUUGAGAACCCCGAGGUUCCCGUCCCAGGAUAUUUUAGACUGAGCCAGACCUACGCCACUGGGAAAACCCAAGAGUACAAUAAUAGCCCUGAAACGAGUUCAACUGUAAUGUUACAGUUAAACCCUCGCGGCAGCUCCAAACCGCAGAUAUCUGCUCAACUUCAGCUGGAAAAGAAAAUGAAUGAAAACCCGAGCAACCAAGACAACACAGCUAAAGUCUCUCAAGUGGAAAGUCCUGAGCCCAAGUCCACGUUGCAAGACGAACGGAGCUGCCUGCCCGAAGGCUCAGUGUCCAGCCCAGAAGUCCAGGAGAAGGAGAGUAAAGAGGAAAUCAAGUCUGAUACUCCAACAAGCAAUUGGCUAACUGCAAAGAGUGGCAGAAAGAAGAGGUGUCCUUAUACUAAACACCAAACACUGGAAUUAGAGAAAGAGUUCUUAUUCAAUAUGUAUCUCACUCGAGAGCGCCGUCUAGAGAUCAGUAAGAGCGUAAACCUCACUGACAGGCAGGUCAAGAUUUGGUUUCAAAACCGCAGAAUGAAGCUCAAGAAGAUGAGCAGGGAGAACCGAAUCCGGGAAUUGACCGCUAAUCUGACCUUCUCUUAA